CAAUUUUUGCGGAACAAGAUAAAAAAAAAUAACCAUUUUUAUAUAUUUAAGCUUUUUUUAUACUUGUUUUCAUACUUUCUUUUCUUUUCUUUUAUUUUUAAUUAUGAGUGUUCCAGAGAAAGAGGCAACAUGUCCAACUGAGCCUGGUUUGGCUUCUUUGUCAGGAUUUAACCCAGGAUUAGAUUGGGCUUCUGUAAGAGAAGAUCCGACAGCUAACUGGCAUGUUAUCGGGUGGCUAGUUUGUUUACUCUUCUUAUUCAUAACAUGGACUAUAACGUUGAUAACUCUAUUUAGACAUAUACGAAAUUAUUAUAAUCCUGAAAUACAACGGCAUAAACUACGAGUGAUACUGUUUCCGCCUGUAUACGCAACAUUAGCAUGGUUUGCUUAUUUGCGAUACGAUUAUUCAACAACCAUCAUGUUCUUCGCGGAAUGCUUUGAAGCCUUUGCCGUCUAUAACCUGUAUACAUGCUUACAAGCUUAUCUUCAGCCAUUUAGAGAGGAGGCAGCUGGAAUUAAAGAGCCAAAAGAUACAAAAAUCAUGUUUUUUUAUAACUUUCAUUUGAACUCAAAAUGGGGAAUGCAUUAUAGAAUCAUUACUGAUAUUCUAGUUUUCCAAUACCCAGUCUGGUCACUCAUUGAUGCAUUCAUGUCUAUUUUUGCUGAACUCAAAGGGCGCUAUUGUGAAGGUGUCUAUAGCUUUAAGGGCGCCUAUGUCUACUUGACCAUAAUCAACUUUGUUUCUCUUUCGGUCAUUCUUACUGCAUUGUUCACGUACUUGGACGUAUUUCACGAACAGUGGAAGCGAGGAAAGAUUCGAGCACAUGGCAUGUUUUGGUGUGUGAAGGGUCCUAUCAUGGUCAUCUUUUACUUUGGUGAAAUCCUUCUGACUAUCCUUACCACUAAAAAUGUUAUCAAGGGCACAGAUGGCUCUCACGGAAGCAUUGCUUGGCCAGCCGAUGCUGUCAAAAAUGGACUUCACGUUAUUAUCGUGUGCCUUGUGAUGCUUGUCGUUAGUGGCAUGAUGUUUAAAUUUUUUGGUCCAGCCGAUGAGAUUCAAGCUGCUGCUGCUGCAGGAGAAAAGAAAAAGAUGGGUGUCUUUGGUGCAUUUGUGGAUGGAUACCUUGCUUAUAUACCCGAAUUUUUGUACAAGACAUUAUGUUGUGGUGUUGAUUCCUAUAAACUGAUGAAGAAGCGUCGAGAAUUGAAAAAGAGAAAACAGCAAAUGGGUCUUAAUGGCAGUUCUGUCCUCAAUACAGAUACAAAUGGACUGCUUAAAGAUGAUCCUAUGCAAUAUAAUAUGCAUGAAGUAAGAGCUUCUACACAUGCAUAACAUUAUUAUAUAUCAUUCAAUGGAUCAUUAUCACUACUUUGUAUAUUACUCUUUAACCGUAAUCCUUACACAUUAUCA